AUGUCUUUGUACGUUGCGGUGAUGGAACGGCUUGUGAAAAAUCUUGGUUUGGUUCUUCCAAGUAGAAGCGACGCUCUUCAGUCUGAGUGGGGUGAGAAAAAAAACGAGGAGAGGAAAUACGAUGACUUCACGGCAUCCCCUUUAUUGUUUCCAAGCUCUAACCACAUUCCUCACUGGAAUGUGGACAUUUUGCGUGGUGGGGUCUUUAAGUUUUAUGACGAAGACGGCACAUCGACUGAAGAUAUUGCGCCUGUUCCAAUUGUCGAGUUCAGUUAUACUGACAACGAUUCGGAAGCACUAGGUCAUGUGUUAGUUAGACUUCAGGGGAGAUCCCUGCCAAACAGAGCAUUUACCGCUGGACAAAGCGGACGGCGAGUAACAUUGGUGUUCGAUGCGUGUUUUCGGUAG